AUGACGCGAUUUCGGAAUCAUGUCCCACCACUGGACAGCCCGUCCAAGCAGCUUAUGCUGGACCUCGUCCGCGAUCUUGAGCAAGUCAAAAUCUUUGACGCCGAUCUGAAGAAAGUCCACGAGUAUGAGCGCAAAACGUUUUAUGAAAAUCUCGACCGGAUCGACCGCGAGCGUGAAGCAGUCCAUACAGCUGCCCUCGACCAGGCCGCCGCCUUCCACGACCGCGUCCGCGAGGAAGCGGAGACAACCUUGAAGGAUCACCUCCUCGCCGAAGAGGAAGAGCGUCUGCAGAAGGAAGAAGCGAUCCGGAAGGAACAAGAGCGCAUCGAACGUGAGAAGACUGAAAAAGCACGCCGCGAACGAGAAGCGGCCGCGCGCGUCGAGGCCGAACGCCAAGCCAAAGAGCAGGCCGAGAAGAAGGCACAGGAGGAGGCGGAUAAGAAAGCCGCUGCCCUUGAAACCGCACGCAAAGCCGCGAACGAGGAAAAACUCCGCAAGGAACGAGAAGAGGCCGACGCACAGAAGCUCAAGCAAGAUGAGGACGCCCGAAAGGUGCAGGAACAGGCCGACCUAAAGGCCUACAGUCAACAGCAGCAGAAAAUCGGUGGUGGGAACCUUUCGGCUGAAGAUAUCCGAGUGCAGAAACGUUACGUGGAGCUGCAUAAGACUCUCAAGGACAUGCGAAAAUGGCUGAAGGACAUGGGCCAAAGCCAAUCUAACCUUAAGGCGACUAUGGGCAACUUACGACGCUCGAUCAAGAAAUCUGUCGGUCAGCUUCGAGCUGGAACCGGUGCAAAUAAGCAGCAGAUUAUUCAGCUCAAGACUGAGCUUGAAAAAGCUCUCGCCUACCCGGAGCCAACAGUGGAUAUCCGGAAUUUCUUCGCAUUCCCACCUGAGGAGAUUGCCAAGUCCGAGAACAAAGUACCGGCAAUGCUAAUCUACGGAUUGAACAUCCUCGCAAAGAGCUUGAUAUCCUCUCUUCUAGCCGAAGCCUCUAUCAAGCAAUCCCACGCUGAGCCGAUCGGCAUCAUUGCUGCUCAGAUAUUCUCGUUCGAUAUAUUCACGUAUAAAGGGCUCCACAUGUCCGACAUCAUGUGGGCCAAAUACCGUGUCAUCUGCCCAGCCCUGUGGGGAUUUACAGGCAACGACAAGACCGAGGGCGGACGCCGUGUCCUGGGUUGGUGGCGUUCACCAGACACUGGUUCAUGGGUUAGUGAACAAAUUCACAUGGACCGCAUGACCGCUCUGGGUGCGGGAUAUGCUGCCAUGACGCUUCGAAAUUUCGCGAAGUCUCCACGCCGGAACCCCUUCCCUAACACGAUGUUCUGGGCCACUAUCCACAAGAUUUUGGCAAUUCCACCUCCAGAGUUACAGGAAACCCAGGUUGCUCUCCUGGCAGCACUCCUUCGAUCAUCAGGCGAGAGGAUUCUAGGCUUCUUCGGACAGUAUGGACUAGCCCUCAUGCACUAUAUUAUAGUCGAUCUGCCCCGUAAGCUCGGGCGAGAGACAAUGGCUGUGACUCAGCUGAGCACUCUCAAGGAGCUCUAUCUGAAGGAGAAAAAUCUCGCGUUGUAA